UGUCUAAUAUUUUACGCCGCAAAAUGCUUAAAGGAGCCUUUGUCUGUGACAAGGGGAGUUCUGGAUAAAUUUCGAGUCGAUGAAUUUAGUUGCAAAGUUGACGAACGAGUAUGUACAAGAAGAAAUGCAAUAUGCCAUUCUGAUGGAUCUUGUUUGUGCCGGAAUAACACUCCAGACUAUGUAAAUCCAAUGAUUCAUGUGAAGUAUGGGUAUUUAAGUCAUGGUAUAUUUGAUGGAUGUAUGUCAGUGGCGCCCGUGGUUGACUCAAUUGAUCCAUAUAAUUUGGCAUGUUCCUAUUCCUUCCGUCCCUAUCAACUGGUUCCAAGCACUCAACAUGAUGAACCAAUAAUGUUCAUCCAUUCGGCAGGAACUCACUACGAUACAUGCAACUUCACAAAUGCUUUUGGUAAAUAUCCUGGUAAAAAGUCGUGGGUUCCUUUGGCCUGGCUAAAUCACGGUUACAUGGAUAUUAAUAUGACCUACGUUGGUGUUCUUUUGUUUGGGUGGAGAGUUCCAGUACCGGAGUUGGGGGGUCUUAUGGUUGUUAUGAAUUUGCAUUGUUCGAGGAUUGAACUAAAUCACAGAUACGUGAAUAAUACCAUAGCUAAACAAUGUUUAAGAGUAAAGGUUAAAGGUACAACGUUUUCGUUAGGAACGAGAAUAUCAAGGAAUAAUGUUGCAUUUUCAAUUCUGAUUUUCAUCGGGUAUCUGAUGUCUUACAACAAUACCUGAGUGUUAAAAAGCUUCUCUUCGCACUCGACGGUUAAAUUAGCCUGGAAUUUCACUGAAGUCAGUCAUAUGCAUAUUUGACUUGUUGAAAAGUAAUAAUAAAAACUAUUAAUCAGCAUAUAUAACAUCCUUGCAACCACACUAUUUGCGGAAAUUUUAUUUAGAGUACAUAGGCAUUAUAGGCAAGUAUAGCCAGGCUCGACAUUAUUCUUCGACCACAAAAAACGGUCAUUUGCAUAUUUAUAAAAUUGAAAAUAUCGAAAUAUCUUAGCAUAUUAAUAUCUGUUUUUUCAGAGCCUGUGCUGCCUAUAUAGUACCUCCAGAGAUUUACUUCUCUUUUCGUUCUCACAACCGCAGACUGCUGCUGUUGCGUGUUUUUGAAUAAAGUCGUUUAUAAUAAUUAGUUCAGUGCAGGUUGCAUGGUAGCGAAACAAUUGAACAAGGAAAACAUGACAAAGCAAGGCAGAGAAUAAAUUAAAGUAUUGUGUGUGUGGUACACAGGGCCGAAAAAGUAUAUAUAGAUAUUCAUAAGUUUAUUAUAUUGAUACUAUCGAUAAAGAUUUACGGUUAAU